GGUAUAAUAGCGAAGGCCAAAAUUUGCUCAUCUUCAUCUUCUUUAUUCCAUAUGCAGGGUUUCAUAAUCGACUGCAGAUCGAGUAAACGUUGAAGCAAUUUUUUGCUAAUUUCCAUCUUGCGAGAUGAAAAAUCUGUCAAGAAAUCGAAGGAUUAUGUAGUAUUGGACUAAAAGGUUGCUGACUACAUCGCCACUGUCAUGUAUGGGACCAACAUUGAGAAUUUGGAUAGGGAUUCCAAGCUGUAACCAAUUGGGCAUUGUCUGAUCCUUUCAAAAUUUGAGAGAAACCAGCUUCUCUAAAUGAAAAGGGAUGUGAAGAAUCAAAAAUGACCAGAAUGAAAUAAAUGGGGGCUGGCAAACUAUAAAGAUAUGUUCCAGAAAAGAAGCAUGUGGUGCAUAUGUACAUUAAUUUAGAUUAUAGCCUAUGGGUUUUACAAUAUUAUUAUAUCAAUUUUACUUUAGUGGGUGGGGAAGUAAAGAAUUAUCCCCAAAUCCUACCAGAAAAGUAAUCAAAAUAUUGUGUGAGAAAGAAAUAUCCCUUUCAGGUCCUUUCCCCUCAUUUCCUCUUCAAAUUUUUUAAUUGAAUGUGGAAUAUUAAUGCCCCCCUCCUUUGCAAUCGAAUCUUACCAGAUUAAAGAGAAAACCCCAAAUAAAUUAUGAAAGAAAGAAAGAAUGAAAAACCCCAUCAAAUAUGGAUCCUGAGAUACAUUGAGUUGUCUUCCACUUUUAAGGAGGGAGAAAAACAGAAAAGAACAAAAGAGAGCCAUUUAAUUUGAGAUUAAAGAUCAGAACUUCCCUAGGAUAAGUCCUGAUUAAUUGUAUUUCUAGUUCUAAGGAAUUAGGGGUUGUCCGCUUUCUUGGAAGCUGAUUUUGGUUCAUGGAGAUGCCCCAGAAGUCGUCACUGUCAAUUAUUGAACCCAAAACAGAGUCCCAUUAGUUGAUUUCUCAGCCAAAUUGGACUAAACCCAUCUCGGAUUUCAUGUUUUUGAUACAAUAUUUGGCUUGUCUGAAAAUAACCUGGGCCGUCAAUUGGUUGGUAGACAGAUAAUAUCCGAAUAGGAUGUUGUCAAAUUUGAAGAUGGUAAAUCUGUGAGAGUGAAAACCCAAGCUCUGCUGUAGCUUCUAUAUGCAUGGCGGAUAGAGAGUGGAACUAGAAAUACGGGUCAAUUAGAGGCUGUUUAAAAACCAUUUCCUACGUUUCAUGUUCUCCAAAAUUAUACAGAUAGAGAAACCAAAGUGGCCCAUUUCUUGUCUCUCCCACUUUUGCCAACAGAUAGAAAGAAAGAAUCAUCUAUAAAAAGUUGCCCCAAGUCAUCGUUUGCCUUGAACGAUCACUGCCUCCAAAUGGGAAUUAUGGAGUACCAUCAGACUUUUCAUAAUUCAGAUACAUAUUUCGAUCGAUCUUACUCUUCUUCUUCUUCUUCUUAUUCUUCUCCAUGUCUCACUACUUUCAAGGGUCAUUCUUCUUACAUCUCUUCUCUGACUCUCGCCGGAAAGUUCCUCUACUCUGGUUCAUCCGACAAAGAAAUCCGAUCAUGGAAACGAAACCCAAUUCAAAACUGUGAAGAAAAUCAGGAAGAGUUUCAGAAUAAUAUGGUUACUACCGGACAUGGCGCAGUGAAAUCUCUAGUUGUUUCAUCUGAUAAACUUUACAGCGCUCAUCAGGACCACAAAAUUCGCGUUUGGAAAAUCUCUAAUGAUUUCGAUCAACAACGAAAGUACACGCGCUUGGCCACUCUGCCAACGCUCGGCGACCGGACGGCCAGGCUUUUGAUGCCCAAUAAUCAGGUCCAGAUCCGACGGCACAAGAAAUGCACAUGGGUUCAUCAUGUCGAUACGGUUUCGGCUCUUGCUCUGUCAAACGAUGAGUCGCUUCUGUAUUCCGUCUCGUGGGAUCGGACCCUCAAAAUCUGGCGGACUUCCGAUUUCAAAUGCUUGGAGUCCGUUGCCGGAGCCCACGACGACGCCAUAAACGCCGUCGCGCUCGCCGGCGACGGCGACGUGUACACCGGAUCGACGGACAAGAGGAUCAAAGUCUGGAGAAAAAACCCAGAUGGAAAAAGGCAUUUUUUGGUCCAAACACUUGAGAAGCACAGCUCGGGAAUUAAUGCCUUGGCCCUCGCCGGCGAUGGGUCGGUUUUAUUUUCCGGCGCCUGCGACAGGUCGGUCCUAGUUUGGGAGAAGGAGGAAGGGGGUGGGUUUAUGGAGUUGGUGGGUGUGUUGAGAGGCCAUUCGAAGGCCAUAUUGUGUUUGGCUGUGGUGUUGGAUCUGGUCUGUAGUGGCUCUGCAGACAAGACGAUCAGAAUUUGGAAAAGGGUCGUCGCCGGAAGCGGAAAUUACGUGUGUUUGACGGUUUUGGAAGGGCAUAACGGUCCCGUGAAAUGUCUGGCGGCGGCGGUUGAUCGGUACAACCAAAACGACAGGUCGUUAAUGGUUUACAGUGGUGGUUUGGACUGUGAUAUCAAGGCGUGGCAGAUUUGUGUUCCUUGUGUUUAAAUUGAAACUUUUAUUGAUCUUUUUUGGGGUUCUUUUAGGGAUUUGUGUACAUAUUAUCAAUGAGUUUAGUGAAUUGUGUUUUUUGGAAAGUGUGGUUUGUGAGCGAUCUCUAUGGAGAAUCUUAAGAACUUGGCUUUUGGAUCA